CUUACGUGAGGCGAUAGUGAAAGGUUUGAUAUUUGAAUGCGAUCCGUUCUUCUGUUUGGAAUGUGCCUACCAUCAGGAGGAGCAUCUGCUGUCCCAGAAAAGGGAGUCUAUGACACCUGCACAAUCUAUAGAGAUAGGGAGUGGGCCCUUGAUUGGGUGGGGGGGCUACACGAGGCGGGAUGUGGGGCCACUGUGUUUCUGAAGAACGCCACGGGUGAUGACUGGUUCUGUGUUGGAGGGAUUAUUAAAUCCGAGGAUGAGAGGAUGGACGGGCACGGACGAAAGUUCAGGAGGUUUUUUCUCACAACGGUGUUCGACAAACAAGGAGUGGAUCAUGCGAAGGCCGACAAUAAAGUCAGCCUUGAUUACAAUUUGUUCAAGGGGUUUGGCGGUAAGGCUACUACCAUGAAAGCCUUCGAUGUGUCCCCGAAAGAAUACGGGAGUGUGUUGACAAUGCUUGGCCCUGGGAAAUUCCUCGCCAAAACGAACGGGUACAGGAGACUCGGAAACAGUCCCACGGUAGAGGCCGAGCAUCGUAUGUCCCCGACAUUCGUGCCUUUUGACGCGCCGGAGGAGGAUCUCCCCGGUAUCGCAAUAACAGAGAGACAGAGGACGCCACAGUGUUUUCCAACGCAGCAGACGUCAGCGAGUGGAAGCCGGCGCCGCAACAAACAGAGCCAGCCGCGUCGUCCGCCUCGCGAAGAGGACCGUGGUCCUCCUGUGGGUUCGUCCCGCCGGAAGGAAUGUGCUGGACCGUCUCAGCCGUCCAGCCGGCAAGACGAAGGCACCCCUGCCAUCACAUACAAAAGGAAGGUCGUGACAACUGCUCCGUCUCCCACUCGUCAGAAGGACGAAGGUGGUGCAUCCCGGAAAGCGGCGCUGCGGGAGAUAAGCGAAGGAUUGGACGAGGAAACAGAGGAUGAUACUAGGAUCUGUAACUAUGAGGAGGACGACGGGGGCGAUGGAGAAAACGAUGAUGCUUAUCCUGUCGUUGAUGAGGAUGGACGGCAAGGCAUAUCUGAGCGGUCGGAGGGCAGUGUGCAGAAAAGGAAGCGACAAUCUUCAACAAGUCCAACGACGACGACCGAUAAGCACGCUGCGAAGAAACUCACUGUCGCUGCAUCUCGACAGACACUCAGAGCUUCUCAAGAGGCGGUCGCUGAAAGCGUGAAGAAACGAAAAGGGUUGGCGUCAACCAGGGCGACAAAAGCGGAGAAACGUCCACCAAAAAGAAAGCGGAUAGCUGAUGAGGGUGACUCUGGAGAGGAUGCCGAAGGGGUUCCUCCAGGAGUUGUGUCGGAACAGACACAACCUUCCGCCAACACCCAUGAUGAAGCCAUCGACACAACACGGUGCUUCUUCCUCGAGUUCGAUGAAGAUGGGUUUGCGAAGAAGAAACGGGAACACAUUGAAGUGGACGUCACGAAGAUCUUGCCAAUCCCUGAAGGUGACAUCCUCUUCAACCAUAGAACGUUGGAUGAAACGUUGGUGCAGUCCAUAUACGAUGCGAUCCAUAAUGCGACCAAGGAAACCAACGAGAAGUGGGAUAUCACGACUUUCAUCCUGACUCCUAUUGUGCCCAACAGGGACGGGUCUCAAGGCAGACGGAUCACACCGGAGCAAUUCGACGUCGAACUAACUCAUACAUACAACUGGUAUGCUGUUGCUGGCCAGCACACGGUUGAGGCAAUAAACAGACUCAUUAAAGACAAGUCACCGACCGAGAAAGUGUAUGGCUUGAGGUCAUACUCUCACGUAUGUGUUGUCUACUUUGACGAUGACACAAAGAGAGGAUAUCCGUACGUCUCGACGUUCGACAAUACGAGGGAGGAGCGUUCCAUCCCAAGAUCUGUGAGAUACAUCGACCUGCCGGGGAAAGCGGAACGGAGGCUGCCUGGGCAAUACUUCCUCAAGGACAACUCCGGCAAAAAAGUCAUGUUCCACUGCAUCAAGGCCAGAAAGGGGCCACCAAGCGCAACGGUGUUUAUACCUGACUUGACGCCCACAAUCUUCAAGUUGUUCGACGAUAUGACAGCGAGAGAGAAGCAAGUGGCGCUUCACCACAUGAUGCGUGGUGACGUGAUCGUGACAUCACGUACGGUACCUCGUGGUAGAUGCAACAUGGCGGACCUGGUGAAAUAUACUCGGCGUAAAAGAUAUAUGGUCUGUAUGUUCAACUACAUAUUGUUCAAGGCCGAGGGGAGGUCAAAAGAAGAGUGCAGCGCUGACUUCUUCAUCGGUUGUACGACCAUCUUGGAGAGGUACAGCAAAAACAGCCUGACGGACGAGAAAUGGACCGAGGAACGCGACCACAUCCCUGACGACAAGGCGAGGAAGGUGCCGAGGCGUUUGGGCGGUCAAGAUGAGACUAAUGGUGAGAACGGUGCGAGACUGGAGGCAACCCAAGGCAUGUACAAGGAAACCCCUUUCCACCUCAAGUGUUUUAUCUACGAGGCGAUCGGUUGCUUGGACGACCUGAGAGUGGAGGUUAAUCGGAUAUCCUCCAGUGCUUGUCACAUCUUUUGGGAAGUGGGGAAGAGGAUUACCACGAUCCUGCCAUUUGAAAUCGAACCGAAGGGACUGCUCACCAACAACGAGGAGGUUGUUGGUACGGCGAGGGGGAUGAAGAUACGGGCAACCAUUCGUGAUAUGUCAACAUCACCGAAAUGUGUUCCGUGGGAUGGUGACACAUUUUUCAAACUGUACGCUUUCCUUAUGACAUGCUGUGGCGAAAACUGGGCCUUGAUCAUUUUCGCGCCGAUGAAACACCAGAAACAGGUGAUGCAGAGUGUGUACAAGUGGGAUGAUGUUGCGGUGCUCACAGGGUCAUGGUACAGACACUACACACCUUCGACAACCUUGAACAAGUACAACAACAUUGCAGUUCGGUACACUGAUAUGAUGGCUAUUGUCCUCCACGCUGAGAACGACAAUUUGGACAAUAUAAUGGUUGCGCCGAAAUUGCGAGCCGAGUUGACAAAUUUGAACGUUGAAGAGGGUGAAUUUGUGAGGUGCUCAGGGGAGUGUAUCGGUGUGGAGGGCGACAUUGAUGCGGUUUAUUCUUGGAUGGAACGAGAGUCAGCACUCGGCUACGUCAUCAGGAAAAGUGAACUCGAGAUAGCAAUGAACGAGUACCACGGAUCGCACAUGAGUGUUUUCCACAUGUUCGUCGCAUGUUGCGAGCAUCUGUAUUUCAAUAUGAAGAAAAGAGCAUUGUCAAGCAGGGACUAUGCGGACUUGGCACUUAAAGUCGGCAACUUCAGCAACAUCGAUUGGGACGAAGACACGUCAGACUCCGACCUGGACGUUUCGUCGCGCGCGGCACGAGGUGUGCCGGAGGGAGCACGUACUGAGGAGCCGCAAGGGAGCACCAACGCAGAUGCGAAGAAGGCGAGCUCGAGUUUAGGAGCGACACGUGCGAGUGAGGGAAAUGUGGAAGAUAGAAUGAAUGCAAAGGGAGAAAAGAAUGGUGUACCAACGAACCCGUUGGAUGCGAGUGAGGGAAUCGUUAACUCACGGGGCAACACAGCGGGAGGAGAGAAUGGGUGUGCAAUGACCCCGCCGACAGCUGGACCAUCAUCGACGCAUGCACCGCAGCCCGAGCAGCGAACACUUACGUCGAUGGACACAAAUGAAGACGAAGAUUUGGAUAUGACAGCACUCACGCCGAAACUCGUGCCUGAAAAAUCAUUACCUCAAGGCUUUGCUCAAGACCCUUCAGUGUCAUACUUGCUGCAAGACAAGUACAAGAACUCAUCGGACGAGGAUUGGGGUCAUCAUAUUCUCUGGCAUGAGGGCGUGUUCGAACUGUGCGUGUUUGCAGGCAAGUGGCACAUGGCUGUGAAGAUAAGAGACCGCGGAUGGGUCGCGAAGGAAAGAAAGGACGCUGCGAUAUGGCACAGCGUGACGGAAACGCAACUUUUUCGGCGAGUUUUAAAAGAAAAUGUUGGUGCAGGCGAGGUGGCUGUAGCGGCAAAGGCAAAAGCUUUGUUUGAGCAUUUGCGUGCGAACAAACAACUAGAAUUCAGCACAAAGUUCUACGACCUUGCAUCAAGUGUGUCGUACGGCUCCAUCGAUUGGAAAAUCAAACAGGCGUCAGUAGUACAAGGAAUCAAUAGCAUCACCUCUCUGAAGACUCAAGACGUCAUCGCAACUAACACCAUCGUCGCGAUGGCCAGAGGGGAUGCAGGCUGCGAAACGGACACACGUGCGAACGCAAGUCACAUGCUGAAUGAACAGCUGCGAGCAUGUGUUCAACAAAGCACACAGAGAAGCGCAAUGGGGGAUUCCACUAUGAUACGCAAGGACGGCGACGACAUGGAGUCGGACACAUUGACAGAGCAGCCAACGCGGGGGAUCAACGAUGAGACAACAAUCGUUGGAUCUUUCGGGUCUCUUGUAGCGACAAUAGCGGCGAGGCAAGGCGUAUCUAAGAUGAUGGAGACCGAUGCUGGCCAGGAUGGUGAAAGCCAGACGGUGAAGGUGGCGCAAGAGGAGGUGGCAGCAACAACAGAGGAGACGGAGAAAGGUGAGGGAUCCCGCGAACAAAAUUCCAUAAUAGAUAUGAGAUCGGAGAGUGCGGGCGAGGAUAUGAUCCAAGAUAACGAGCAGAAAGAUGACCACGCUGCACCAAGAGUGGAAGGUGACCACGAAGAGGACGCGCAACGACCGAGACGGUCAACGAGAGUAGUAAUUGAGAAAACUAUGUUAGAUGUGUAGGAAAGGCUUAGACGGGCAUGGCCGUUUACACGUUU